ACUGCAGAAACACAUUCUUCGAAGGAAUUUGUCAAAGAGUAGCCAUCGCCCCAACGAUCCCGUUUCCCUUCACUUCUCUACGCAAAGCCCCUUGUUUUGCAUAGAGCUACUUAAAAUGUCGGAGGGAAAUGCGGAGAGAGGAAAGAGAAUUGCCAUUAUUGGUGUCUCAACCUUAUUGUUGGUGGCGAUGGUUGUGGCUGUCACAGUUGGUGUCAAUGUUAGUGAGAAUGGUUCCAACAAUGAGGACACAAAAAUUGCUUCUUCUGUAAAAGCCGUCCAAACCCUUUGCCAUCCCACAAAUUAUAAGAAAGAAUGUGAGGAAAGCCUCAUAGCUAGGGCUGGAAAUACCACUGAUCCAAAAGAACUUAUCAAAAUUGUCUUCAACAUCACCAUUACAAAAAUUGGCGAUAAACUCAAAAAAACUAAUCUUUUGCAUGAGGUUGAGGAGGAUCCCAGAGCCAAGAUGGCACUUGACACAUGCAAGCAACUCAUGGAUCUUUCUAUUGAGGAGUUAACAAGGUCACUUGAUGGAAUAGGUGAGUUUGACCUGAAAAAUAUCGACAAAAUCCUCAUGAAUUUAAAAGUUUGGCUUAGUGGUGCAGUUACAUACCAAGAUACUUGCUUGGAUGGGUUUGAGAACACCACUAGUGACGCUGGUAAAAAGAUGAAGGAUUUGUUGACGGCAGGCAUGCAUAUGAGCAGCAAUGCCCUUGCCAUUGUAACGAAUUUGGCUGACACUGUUGAUGAUUGGAAUGUCACAGAAUUAUCUAGGCGUCGCCUCCUUCAAGAUUCUAAGCUUCCCGUGUGGGUUGAUCAACAUAGACUCCUUAAUGAAAAUGAAAGUCUAUUAAGACACAAGCCUAAUGUUACUGUAGCCAUUGAUGGUAGUGGGGAUUUCAAAAGCAUCAAUGAGGCAUUGAAGCAAGUGCCUAAGGAAAACCGAAAGCCAUUUGUGAUCUACAUCAAGGAAGGCGUUUACCAAGAGUAUGUUGAGGUUACAAAGAAAAUGACCCAUGUGGUGUUUAUUGGUGAAGGUGGAAAAAAGACACGAAUAACUGGUAACAAAAACUUCAUAGAUGGAACAAACACUUACAGAACUGCCACUGUUGCUAUUCAAGGAGAUUACUUUGUGGCCAUCAAUAUGGGGUUUGAGAAUUCUGCUGGACCACAAAAGCAUCAAGCAGUAGCAUUAAGAGUCCAAGCAGAUAAGUCCAUUUUCUACAAUUGCUCAAUGGAUGGGUAUCAGGACACUCUUUAUGUACACACCAUGCGUCAAUUCUAUAGAGAUUGCACGAUUUCAGGUACCAUUGACUUUGUGUUUGGUAAUGCACUUGCUAUUUUCCAAAAUUGCACUUUCGUGGUCCGAAAGCCAUUGGAGAACCAACAAUGCAUUGUGACUGCACAAGGUAGAAAAGAGAUACAACAACCAUCUGGAAUAGUAAUCCAAGGGGGAUCCAUUGUGUCUGAUCCUGAGUUCUACUCUGUGAGAUUUGAGAACAAGGCUUACCUAGCUCGUCCAUGGAAGAAUUACUCUAGGACCAUCAUCAUGGACACUUACAUUGAUGAUUUGAUUAAUGUUGAUGGGUAUUUGCCAUGGCAAGGACUAGAGGGUCCUUCUGGUAUGAAUACUUGCUUCUAUGCCGAGUACCACGACAGUGGCCCGGGUUCAGACAAAUCUAAACGUGUGAAAUGGGCUGGGAUUUGGAAUCUCAAUUCAAAAGCUGCACGUUGGUUCUCAGCAUCUAAGUUUUUUCACGGAACUGACUGGAUUGAAGUUACUGGGAUUCCUUGCUUUCGUGACAUUCCCGCACACCAUAGGCACAAAAAGACAAGGCUUAAUUGGUAAUAAAAGUGAUGAGUUGUGAAAGCAAGAAAUAUAAAUUAAUUAAUAAGGAAUGAUUGAGCUUCUUUAUUCUUUAAUUAUUUUGAUUUCAUUAAUUAAUUUUAGAGUGAGCUACAUUUUUGUAUCUCAAGGAAUUGAAAUCAAUGUAACGUAAUUCCUCUUUGAUAUUUUUUUUUUUGUUUAGUGACUAAUAAAUGGGUCUUCUAGAUAUUUUACCCAUUGUAUUUCCUAAGAAAGGGUAUCGAGGCUAAUGGUGUGACAAUGUAAGGAUCUUUUGUGUCAAAAGUAUUCCUAUAAAUGAGAACAUGUACUUAUGACAA